UACACGGUGAGAAAUGCCUUGUUGUGGCCUGAUUGUCUCGUGUUGGGGCAUUUUUGCUUUCGUCUUCCCAACAACUGACUUUUUUCUUCGCUUCAAGGCACUUCUCAGUGUCUCACACUCCACUCACAUUCUUGGCUUCUCUCUCCACCAUAAUUCCCUCACCUUUCUGAGUUUCUCACACUAUGAACUCCGGCAACUCCGAUAGACCCAAAGUUUUUUCACUAUCAGAGCAACCCCAGCUCCUCCUGCGCAAUGUUUUCGCCGACCUUCAAUGGCGCUGUUCUUCUCUGGCCCACAACCUUACCCAGCUCCCGUUUCUCGACCUCCGAAACACCCUCUCCAACCUUCAAUUUCAUGCAAAGCAUGCCUUAGAUGCCGGGAUGACCAACUUUUGUCUCACUUGUUCUCCCGGCAGAAGCCCCGCUUGGGCGUCUCUGGCCCAAAACAAAACUGAGUUUCGCCGCCCUGUGAGGGCAUUGUCGACCGAAGCCAUCGAAGAACGUUUGGCGGGCGUGCCUGUCUAUGCACUCAGCAAUGCUGCCGAGGAAUUCGUGUUGGUUUCGGGCACUUCGACCGGCAAGAAUCUUGGGUUGUUUUGCUUUAAGAAAGAGGAUGCUGAGGCUCUUCUUGAGCAAGUUAGAAGUAUUGACCCGGAAAUGCGAAGCGGGUCCAAAGUGGUGCCUGUUGCUUUAAAUAAGGUCUUUCAGCUCAAGGUGGAUGGAGUAGCCUUCAGAUUGAUUCCAGAGUCUUCUCAAGUAAAGAACGCUCUGAGAGAGAGGGAGAAGUCUGGCUUUUCGUCCAACAGCUUUUCUGGAGUUCCAGUUUUCCAGUCCAGAAGUCUGAUAUUAAAGAGUGAAAAGAAGAGAUAUCGUCCAUUUUUCUUUAGAAAGGAGGAUUUGGAAAAUUCGCUUCAAAGGGCUUCCAAUCAGCAGAAUCAAUUAAAUCCUAUCUUCAGACCAGGAGAAAUCCAGGUUGCUGUACUCGAGGAAGUAAUAAAGGGAAUGAAGGAAAGUUCUACAUGGGAGGAUGUUGUUUUUAUACCUCCUGGAUUCGAUGUCUCUACUGAAUCCAGCGAACGAUGAGGCAUGAUCUGGGAAUGAAAUUGAUUAUUCUUAUUUUUCGCAUUCUCUUACUUCUGGUAUAGCCUCAAAUACACCAAAGGAUUGCUUAGAGUAGGAUUUGUCCAUAUAACUUGUUCUUACUUCGAAGUUGCAACUCUUAAAUAAUGCAAGUAAUGAGAUAUGUUAUUGCAUUAUAUGAGAGAUAGAUUGGAUUUUUUGUUCUCAAUUGGAUCAGAACUGAGUCCUUAUUUUUCUUCGGAUUCAUGCGAAAACUCUCAUAUUGUGCAAAUGUACACCCACUGAAAGUGAGAUGUGAUGAUUGACUGAUUAAAUCUGAGAACAUGGAUGGUGGAUGCACUAUUGUUUUCA